CCAGUCCCACCCCUGCCAUGGGCAGGGACACCUCCCACUGGAUCAGGGGCUCCAAGCCCCAUCCAACCUGGCCUGGAACCCCUCCAGGGAUGGGGCAGCCACCACUGCUCUGGGCACCCUGGGCCAGGGCCUCCCCACCUGAACAGCAAAACAUUUCUUCCCAAGAGUCUCCUCUCAAUUUCCCCUUUUUCAGCUGAAACCCAUUCCCCCUCAUCCUCUCCCUGCCCUCCCUGAUCAAGAAGCCCCUCCCCAGCUUUUCUGGAGGCCUUUUCAGGUACUGGAAGCUGCUCUAAGGUCUCCCUGGAGCCUUCUCUUCUCCAGGCUGAACCCCAACUCUCUCAGCCCGGCCUCGGAUGAGAGACGCUCCAGCCCUCACAUCACCUUUGCAGCCCCCCUCAAGCAGAUCAGGCCCCCGGGUUUGCUGCUCCUCUCCAGAAGCCAUUGCAGUGGGGGCUGAAGGGGAACAGGCUCUGGCCCCGCGUCCUCUUGGCACCGGGACCCUCAGGGUGGAUGUCAUGGCUGCACGACACCAGCAGCAUCCGCGGGCGAGUGACCGCCCUUGCUCCCCCAGGGUGACCCUGAUGCGGCGUCGCUCCCUGCGGAAGUCGCUGCGAGACCGUGGGCAGCUCUCCCACUUCUGGAAAUCCCACAAGCUCGAUUUGGCCCAGUCCGGCGAGGACUGCACGGCCUUCCUGGAGACCAACGAGCCCCUCAUCAACUACCUGGAUGUCGAGUACUUUGGGCGGAUUUCCAUCGGGACGCCCCCCCAGAACUUCACUGUGGUAUUUGACACGGGCUCCUCCAACCUCUGGGUACCGUCCAUCUACUGCGUCAGCAAAGCCUGCACUCAGCACGCCCAGUUUCGGCCGUCCCAGUCCAGCACGUACCAGACGGUCGGGACCCCGUUCUCCAUCCAGUACGGGACCGGCAGUUUGACAGGCGUCAUUGGAUCGGACCAAGUAGUCGUCGAGGGCCUCACCGUGAGCAACCAGCAGUUUGCAGAGAGCAUCAGUGAGCCAGGAGAAACCUUCCUGGAUGCUGGGUUCGACGGGAUCCUGGGGCUGGCUUACCCCUCGCUGGCUGUGGACGGGGUCACUCCCGUCUUUGACAACAUGAUGGCACAAAAUCUGGUGGAGCUGCCCAUCUUCUCCGUCUACAUGAGCACGAAUCCUACAUCCUCCGUGGGAGGAGAGCUGCUCUUCGGUGGCUUUGACCCCUCCCACUUCACAGGGACCCUGAACUGGGUGCCGGUCACCCAGCAAGGAUAUUGGCAGAUCCAGGUGGACAACAUCCUGCUGGGUGGGACAGUGACUUUCUGUGAGAAUGGCUGCCAGGCCAUCGUGGACACCGGGACAUCGCUCAUCACAGGUCCCCAAAAAGAGAUAAAAGAAUUGCAGAACUAUAUUGGUGCCAUACCUGUGGAUGGACAGGUGAGAGCCAGGGUGGGGAGAAGGGGGGCAAAGCCCUGUGGCACCCACCCUGCCGGGAAGGACAUCGCAUGGGGCAGCACCGCUGAGCUGCUCGGCUGUUUCACAGUACGCCGUGGAGUGCAGCAACCUCAACGUGAUGCCCGAAGUGACCUUCACCAUCAACGGGCUCCCCUACACGCUCACCGCUCAGGCUUACACCAUUAUGGUACGGCUACAGCUCCACCAGCAACACCAUUCCCAGUUCCCAGUGGCUGCAGAGACAAAGGUGGCCCAGAGCCACCCCAGGAGCUCAGCCACGAGUCCCAGUGGGUGACGGGGACUGCUUCAUGCACGGGACCCGCAGUCACCAUUCCUGUGUGCUCCCACGUGCAUGAAGCUCUUGGGUUUGUCCCCAGCUUUGCACUUCUCCUCCCCCAGGAGUACAGCGACGGCAUGGCCUUCUGCACCAGCGGCUUCCAGGGCAUGGACGUCACCCCUCCUGCUGGACCCCUCUGGAUUUUGGGUGACGUUUUCAUCCGCCAGUAUUACUCUGUCUUUGACCGUGGCAAUAACAGGGUGGGGUUGGCCCCUGCUGUCCCUUAGGGCUGUGGA